AUGGCCUCUCUAUUUUCCAAGCGUUUGAUAUGCUUUUAUUGUGGAAAGCGGUCCGCUCGCUCUCAUCGCGGGCCUGUUCGCAAUUUCCACUGUGAGCAUUGUGAGGCUGAUAACUACUUCGACGAGAAAGGAGAGAUCACAGACCCACCAGCUGUGGUCACCAACGCCGAGGUCUACGCGCCUGGCGCAUCAGACUCGCCCUUUGAAUCGACUGACUUCGGUGGAUCCCAGUCAUUUUGUGCCAAAUGUGCUCGGAAUCAGCAUUUAUUUACUAGCUCACUGGCGUCCUACUUCCCUCCCUCAGACGAUCCUACCGAUAGCGAAUACGAACGCGGGUAUGAGCAGUUCCGUAAAAGCCUGGAGGACCGAUACCCCCAGGUUUGCGAGUCUUGUGAACCCAUCGUGAAAUCCCGCAUCAGAAAGGCUGGCUACGAAGCGAAAUCGGAUCACCUCAGGCGCAUGAUGGAUCAAAGUCGAGCAAACCGAGAAUCGCGACAGGCGAGGAACCGAAGCUGGAGAAGCUUGCUGCUCUUUGUGGGUGCAUCUGCAUAUUGGGUUAGUAUUGCUGGUCAGCUAGCAUGGAACUUGAUCAGUGUGGCCACCCUCUCCCAGGUCUCGCAAAGCUUCGAUCAUUCACCCGACACCGGACGAUCUCCAAUGGCACCCAACUCCCUGGUCUCGUGCGUCAACCAGUCUCUCCGCUUCAGGCGCAUUCCCAGCGAAUGCUCUCCUGAUCUAGCACCAACUGCGGGUGUGGCAUUGAUUGCAGGUGCAGCUUCGCUCUGGUGGAAUCCAAAGCUGCGCAUGAAGAUAGACGGAAUGCCCGGCAAAUUUCGCGGUCUUGUAGAGUAUUACGAAGCCCAACUUAUCAUCAUGGUGGUACGAUGUGUUUUCUGGGCAGUGCUCAAGGAUCCGUCUGCCAGUGGGUUAGAACCCAAAUUGAUUCCAGCCGUCCAUGCUGUGAUGAUUCUUAUUACUGUUGUGUCGGUUUUGUUCUCUCGAUAUAUUGUCAGCUACUCUAGCCGUCCCCUCGUCAAUUGGUCUGAUAACAGCUGGGAAACUCAAUUUGAAUCUUCUAAGGCGUCUUCUGCACUCCCUGAGUCACUGGUGUCGACUCGCAUCACAAGAUCUGGCGGAACACCGAAGGCCAACAUUAGUGGAUUGCAGCAGCGCUUUCCGAUUGGCAAAUUGGCGCAGCCACAACCACAGUCACCCACUGAGCAGUCGCUUACGCUUACCUCUCAUCCUACGGAUAAUGAUGGCAUGGACUGGUCCCCUUCUGUUACCCACAACCUCCGACCGACUGUGACACAGCGAGAUCAGCCGUCUGUACUGGACGGCCCUCAUCCAUUUCAGGGGCAAAUCCCAGCAGCCCCGAUCCCUCCCGCGUGGAAGCUUCGCACUCAGACUUCGACAAAGCCCAUUGAACAAGUGAUUCAGCCUAAUCCGUUUCACCGUAGCCCUACACAGCCGCAAGGUCAAUGGCAGCAAAAGCAUGCCGGUGCUGAACCAGUGUUCAAAGACCCAAAAUUCUUUCCUCCUCGUGAUCACGAUACAUCUACUGGGCUGGAAACACUGUUUGACCGUGCCUUUAAUUUCCAGCCAGAUGCUUCCCAGGGACCUGGUUGGUCCCAGCAGCCACUGAACCAGGGCUCUACGCGUCUCGAUGAGGCUCAAAGUCAUUUCUUUUAUGGGUGCCUACGACUGGUUCUACUAGUCAGCUUCAUCAGCGCAUGGACAAUCUCUCAGAAUCACCAGGUCUUGAUUCCAGGAAAUUAUGUGGAGAUCGCUGCCCUAGGUGCGGCAAGCCUUGUUGCGGGAUUCGCAUUGAUAACUAUGCUGAAACGUCCUCUUGUGCAAUGGAAUGGCAUGGAGAUCUUGAUUUCUAUCACUGAACUUGGCGUCGCUGUUCACAUGGGAGCGCAUUUGCCCACAGUUUCGCUUAAUCGGGACUACUUCGAUCGCUACGGCAAACUACUCCUGGUUUUCAUGGCGGCGCAGGAAACUAUGAAUGUAUUCUCCUUCUACAAUAAGGCCAGGUCAGAAAGCCGCCAGCACAUAGUAUCUGGAUCGCCACAGUCGCAGCCAGAAUCCCCACAUCACAGCCAAUCGGGUGCUCUUGACUGGCACGCAGGUCAAUCUUCAUCCAAGUCUACACCUGAACCUCGAGUCAGCAGUCCCCCUGUGCACCGAUCAUUUGAGUCACAACCACUCGCUCCUUCACUUUCAUUUGGCGAUACCGAUGAAGCCUCUAGUUUCUCUUCGGCAUUACCUUCCGUGCCACAGUAUGGGCUUACUACAUCUCGAUCUGCUCAGCCAUUCUCCGUUGCCAAUCAGAGCGGCUUUAACCAAGACAGAAACCCACAUAGUUUUACCAUGGAAUCUCUAAAGCAAAUCGACCCCCUGUCUGAUUAUGAGCGAGACUCGGACAGCGAGACUAUAGCUACAACUACAACCGCCGCCACAAAUUUCACAAACCGCAACAUUCGGUAUGGGAAUCAUGCCGGUCUGGGUUCCAACCCCUUCUACUCGCCCCGACGGACUGGUCUUGGAUCAGGCAUCGGUGGCUUGAGUUUGGAUGAUGAUCCUACUCCUCGCCGCAUGACUCGUAGCCAGACCCAGCGUGGGCUGCUUGGUCGGCGUCCAGCUAACUACGUCCGAUGA